AUGGCCACAGCCUCAGCCGCCUCCAUUCCGUCGACAAUGCGCGCCUGGCAAUUCAGCUCUACUCACGGCGGACUGGAGAAGAAUCUGACCCUCAACACCGCGGCACCUCUCCCACCGCAUGACGCCCACUCACUAGGCAAAGACAAGCUAUUGGUCCAAGUCCUGGCCAUGUCCUUGAAUCCGGUCGACUAUAAGAUCGCGGAACUCCCCCUCGUCGGCAGAUUCGCUAUCAAGACGCCAGCGUCUCCAGGCUUGGACUUUGCAGGCAGAGUCGUUGCCGUGGGCGAGGGACUUCAGGGAGACUCCAGCAGCCCAAAAACUGGGAUUAGUGAGCUUGUCUUCGGCCGGCUGGACGGACCGACACAGUUCGGCACGCUGGCCGAGUAUACUCUCGCUAGGAGGGCCGGUGUGGCUUUACUCCCUAAAGGAGUCAGUCCCAAAGAUGCUGCGUGCGUGGGCACCGCGGGCCUCACGGCAUAUCAGUGCAUCGUGCCGCACUUGCCGCGCGUGAAGCGGCAAGAUGAUGGUAGCGAUACUGCAAGGGUCUUCAUCAAUGGCGGUAGUGGCGGGACAGGCACAUUUGGGAUUCAGAUUGCCAAGGCGAUGGGAUGCUAUGUUGCGACAAGUUGCUCAGCCGGGAAUGCGGAAUUGUGCAGGAAUCUAGGCGCGGACGAAGUCGUCAAUUACGCUGCCACAGACGUGAUCGAGGCGCUGACGCAAAGUGCCGCGAAGAACGGAAAGUUCGAUCUCGUGGUCGAUAAUGUAGGCGGUGAUGGCAGACUGUUUUGGCAGUGUCACCGCUUUACGAACCCCAAGGCGACAUACGUCCAAGUCGGGGCUCCGAUAGGACUGCACACGGUUUGGGAGAUGGCAACGAAGUAUUUGUGGCCUGGACUUCUGGGCGGGGGAAAGAGGAAGUUCAAGUUCUUGGGCGUUGGGAAUGACUCUAGGCAGUUCGAGGAGAUCGGCAAGUGGAUGGCCGAUGGGAAGGUGAGGCCUGUGGUGGCCGAGGCGUUACCCAUGCAAGACGCCCCGAAGGCGUUUGAGAAGAUAAAGACUGAGCGGACGAAGGGAAAGAUUGUGGUUGUCUUAAGCGAGGAAUGA